UUGGCAGCUCUGGCAGGUGAAAUCAGCUGUUCCGCCUUGCACAAGGCACAUUAGUUAAAUUAAAAUACAUUUUGUUCCAUCUCGUGCGCUCGAAAACAGUGCAAUGCGUAUGCUCUUGUACAAAACAGUUCACAGGUUUGACGGAUUUCAUGGAACGCAAGCAGCAUGUAGAACCGACGCGCGACAUCAUCUUGGACCAGUUCAGAAAGCGCGAAUUGUACGUGCCGAAUGCCGAGUGCUUGGCAAUGGAACAGCUGCUACAUAUCUACGACUCUUUCAUCAUGCCGCAGCCGCGUCGGGAGCGACGUGAGCGACGGCGCACGCAAACUGAGACGCAGCCAAAGCGCGCCAAUCAAAGCGCGCCUGAGGAAUUUGAACAGCUGACGAAGCGCUCCAAUAUGGUCUGCGUGGCCAGUGCGAAACGUCCUAUCGAACUAGCCACAGAAUCUCCAGGGCAUCUGCUCAACUGCCCACGAAAGCGCAUCAAAAUUGAGCCGAAACAGUGACCUCUCCUCUCCUCCACUCUUGCUAUGAUUCAGUUGACGACUUAUCAGUUCUGCUCUUCAGAUAUUUACAUACAUAUGUAUGUAUGUAAUUCUGACCAUGAUGCAAGUGGGAGAUACGAAAUCAAAGUUGUGCCUUAGAGCUUGAGAUGUGAAGUUUAUUGACUUACUGGAUACAGGUCUGCUUAGAUACAUACAUGUAUAUAUACAUACAUUUGCACAUAUGGAUGCGAGUGAAAUUGAUAUAAGCAAUAUGCCUUCUUAACGUAGUUCAAAGAUAGGAAUUUAUUCUGGCUUUACCAAGCACCCCCAAGUACAAACGGAACUAAAUAAAUUUUGUUGAUGUUA